AUGGACGCCCAGGCUCCAGAGUUUUACGAUGCAGAGGCAGACGACAAGGACGAGGCGUGGGUGCAGAAGAUGCGCGGCUCGCACAAGUCUGAUGCCCUGCUGAGCUGCCCGCUGUGCUUCACCACGCUGUGCAUCGACUGCCAGCAGCACGCGGUGUACGACAACCAGUUCAGGGCCAUGUUUGUGAUGAACUGUAGACAAGAGGCGGGGCAGCAGCUGGCGCAGCAGCAGCAGCAGCAACAACCAGAGCAGCAGCAGCAGCCAGGACAAGCAGCGGCGGGGGCUCAGCAGCAGCAAGAAGGGCCCGCAAGCUCACAGCCCCCGCCGUCGAGCCGGCUCAACCCGGUGUGCUGCGCUGUGUGCGAAACCGAGGUGGGACUGCGGGACGCGACUGAUGGCGUCUACAUUUUCAUCAAUGUUUUUGCCAGCAACUCGUAA